AUGUACAUAUUUAAGGUCGGACAUUUUCUUAUUUCUCUUUCUCUGCAUGUUAUAUAUUUUUUUUCAAUUGUAGAAAGGAAACUUAAAGCUGGAAAUGGUUCUCCUUCCAUCCAUGACUUCUCAGAGGUUGAAAAGAAUCAGUUCAGAUCAUCGUUGCUGGCAUGGUAUGAUGAAAAAAAACGUGACUUGCCAUGGAGAAAACAGGCUCUCAACCCAGAUAUCAACCAAAGAGCUUAUGCUGUUUGGGUAUCAGAGAUCAUGUUACAGCAAACUCAGGUUGCCACAGUGAUCAGCUACUACAACAGAUGGAUGGAAAAGUGGCCGAGGCUUCAAGAUUUGGCUAAAGUUGACUUAGAGGAAGUGAAUGAGUUGUGGUCUGGCCUUGGUUACUAUUCAAGGGGACGCCGACUCCACGAAGGAGCCAAAAAGGUUGUUGAGGAGUUGAAUGGUGAGAUGCCAAAAACAGCAGAUGAUCUUCAGAAGUUGCUGCCAGGGGUCGGUCGGUACACAGCAGGGGCAAUUGCCUCCAUAGCCUACAAUCAAGUUACGGGACUUGUAGAUGGAAACGUGAUUCGAGUGAUGUGUCGUAUGAGGAUGAUGGGAGGAGACAGCACUGGUCAAGCAGUACAAGAUAAACUAUGGUCCCAUGCUAACAGUGUUGUGGAUCCAGAGAGACCAGGUGACUUCAAUCAAGGGAUGAUGGAGUUAGGAGCUACUGUCUGUACCCCAAAGUCACCGUCCUGUGACUCUUGUCCUGUCAAACAUAUAUGUCUAGCUUACUCACAGGUAGAACAGGAAAAGCAGAAAUCAGCCAAAAAGAUCCUCACCAACAACAAUAACAUCAUUACAGACAUUGAAUGUUUGACUGAUAACUGUCCACUGUGCUUCCAGGACGAUAACACAUGGGAGCCGAGCAAUGGUGUUGAAAACUAUCCCAGGAAGGGUAAGAAGAAAGCAGCAAGGGAGGAACGAACAGACGUGUGUAUCUUAUGUCAGAAAGGACAUGACAGCAAGGAUCAGUACCUCAUUGUACAGCGUCCAAAUAAAGGUUUACUGGCCGGAAUGUGGGAAUUUCCAUCACUUCUGCAGACAGAAGAAUCAGAAAAUCCUAUUGAGACAGUUUUAGACAAGGCUUGUGGGGCCUCAUUACGAACAACUGGACAAAGACAGCAUAUCGGAGAGGUGGUUCAUAUUUUCUCCCACAUUCAUCAAACAUACGUUAUCCAGGCCAUUACAGUAGAGGAAGGGGAGGUCACUCUAGAUACAGAGCAACCACCUAGUCGCUGGGUCUCCAAAGAAGAGUUCCUUGAGUGUGCAGUAUCAACAGGGAUGAAGAAGGUCUUAAAGGCAUUUGAAUCAGUGUUAUCACCCAAAUCAAGCAGCAACAAGAAGAAUAAGAAGACUGCAAGUAAGCCAGAUGAUAAACAAAGAUCUAUUAGUUGUUUCUUCAAACCUAAAUCUUCAUCCUAAAACCUCCCACUUCAAUACUAAGUGGGAAUUAAUUUGUAAAUAUAUUAAUGUGCA